CGUAAGUCGCUUUGCUCAAAAGUUCUCUUUUCAAUUGGUUUUUACUUUUUAAUAUUCUCUUGGUGUUUGCAAAGUGUAAUAAAAAUGAACGUUAAUUGUAUUCAACCGAAAAUACGAAAUAUGGUACAGUUAAUUAUCGAUAAAUUCGAAGAGAAAGAUGCAUUCCAUUUAAUCAACAUCGAUGAUCUUGUUAAUAAAUAUACAGAAUUCCAAGAAGUUUUACCAAAAGUUUUUCCAUUUUAUGCUGUGAAAUGCAACAAUGACGUUGUAAUAUUAAAAGUUCUGGCAGCUUUGGGUAUUGGCUUCGAUUGUGCUACAAAAAAUGAAAUUCAAACUAUGUUAUCGCUAGGCGUUUCACCCGAUAAAAUUGUUUAUUCACAUCCAGUUAAACAAGAAUCACAUCUUGAAUAUGCCGCCUCCGUAAAUGUAGGAUUGAUGACAUUUGAUUGUACAGCUGAGUUACAUAAAAUUUUACAAUUUUAUCCAUCCGCAAAAUUACUGAUACGACUUAGCUGUGAUGACAAAACAAGUGUGCAUAAGUUUGGCAACAAAUAUGGCUGCAAUUCUGAUAUUGAAGCAUUUGAGCUACUUGCCGUCGCACAUUCAUUAAAAUUAAAUGUUGUCGGAGUAUCAUUUCAUGUUGGAAGUAUAUGCCGAGACUAUAACUCAUACACAUAUGCAAUAAAGAGAUCGCAAAAGGUAUUUGCAUUAGGAAAAUCGAUGGGAUUUAAUAUGAAUCUAUUGGAUAUUGGAGGUGGUUUUCCUGGUUACAAUCAAAUUGAGUUUCGAAAACUUGGAAGGGUUGUUAAUGAUUCGUUGGAAACAUAUUUUUCUAGUGAAAAUGUACAAAUUAUAGCAGAACCUGGCCGGUAUUUUGUUGAAUCAGCUGUAACUGCGGCAUGUCGAAUAACAUGUAUAAAAAAACGAAAAGAAAAUAUUUCGUAUUACUUGAAUGAUGGAAUAUGUGGCUCAUUUGCAUUUACUAACUUUGUUAGGGAUCCAUUUGAGUUUAAAAUUUUAAAUGACUUAUUAGACUCGGAAUUAUACUCAUCAAUAGUUUAUGGGCCAACUUGUUGGGGUGAAGAUAUUGUAGAUAAAUCAGUACAUUUACCUCAACUACAAAUCAAUGAUUGGUUAUAUUUGGAACAUUUUGGUGCUUACAAACAAGUGUUUGUAACAACCUUCAAUGGUUUUUCAAAACCAAAAAUGUAUGCAAUCUGUAGUACAAAUAUAUGGACUCUUUUCAAAGCGAAUUUUCCAAAUUCUGAGUAUAAAAUUCAAAAAGAUGGUACCUGUAUGAUUAUCGAAAAUAAUGAACGAUUCUAAUAAAAUUUUUCAGUGUACUUUUAGCAGAAAUGCGAAUAGGUCGUAAAGUAUUUUC